AUGCGGGUUUGGAUCUGUGAAAGCAAUUUACUUGGAGAUGCAGUUAUGCCGCCUGAUGCCGUGACCGCCGCGAGAUUUCGUCUAUCAUCCGCGCAUCUCCAUGGCAACGUCGCCGCCGUGCUGACCUCACAGCCGCCGAUGGCUGCCGCGUCAGACGGCGGCGCCCUCGCAGCAACGGAAGACGGCGUCGCGCCCGCCUCCCCUGGCGAGGACGGGAUCGACGCGCGGCCGCCGGAGUCGCGUCUGCUGACGCUGGUGUCUCACGGUGGGGACGCCCACAGCGUCGUGUUGCUGCCGUGCGCCGUGCGCGAGCGCAUCAUACGCACGGCCGGGUACACGAGGAUCCCCGCCGCCGCCGCAGCAGCAGCAGCCUCCGCGGCCGACACGGACUCCAGCGGCGAGUGCCGGACGACGGUUGCCGCGGCGACGGAGGAGGAGGAGGGGGUUGCCGCGGAGGCCGUGGUCGGGAUAGAUCAGGCGUAUGACUGGGAGCAGCAGGAGGGGCUGAUACGCGGCAACGAGGAGGAGGAGGAGGAGGAAGAGGAGGAGACGGCAAUAGAGAGAGACGUGUCGGUUGUGAGUAGAGACGAUAAAGGAAUAGAAGAGGAAGCGGUCGAUGGGGAGACUCGAGGAGAGGAGGAGGUAUCGCUAGGGAAGAUUCGAGAGAAAGAGCUGGCAGAGGAUAAAUUCGAGGAAAGGAAGCAAGUUGAGAAGGUUAAACAAGAGGCUCUAGUGGAAGAGAAGGUCCAAGGUGCUCCGGAUAAACCGAGCAACACUUUAGAAAAAAAGGUAGUGCCACCAGUUAAAAAGGAAGAUCAACGUAAUCUAGUGGAGAAGGAUAGAAAAAUAGAGCCUAUGGACAAAAAUGCAGAGGAGAACAUUAAGGAAGAUAAUAGAGAGAAGGUCGCGAAUGAGGUUAGUACAAUGAAAUCAGCGGAGGGAGAAACUGAGCUGAAGGAAGCCAGAGAGGAUGGCAAGAGGAGCCAGUCAGCAGAGGGAGAAUCUCAGGUGGAGACAGCCACAGCGGUCAGCAAUCGGAACCAAGCGAACGGUCGAAUCAUCGCAGCGCAGACAGACGUCGCAAAAGAAUCGCUAGAGGAGGAAGGUCGGCACGCAGCAGAGAAACCUGAAGCCAGCGAGAAGAAGGAGGAAGAGGAGCAAGCAGCAGGAGAACACACAUACGUCGAGAAGCAUUCAGCGGACACAAGCGAAGAGGAGGUCUGGCCGGAGGAAGUCAAGAUCGCAUCCUCCUCCUCCUCCGACGAUCACAGCAGCAGCCUCUUCUCGGGACGGGAGAAGGAAGCCGGCGACACCGAGGAGGGCGACGGAGGAGGGGAGGUCGCCGGAGACCCGAGCGAGGAGGUGAUGCGGUGGGAGGAACUGGAACUGACGGAGUUCGUCAGAGGGAGAAUCCUAGAAGAGGCGCACGAGCGAGGAAGGGAUCCUCCCACGCAGCCGCCGCCGCCGCCGGAAACCUGGGAAGUCGUCGAUGGAGGAGAGCUAUCCGGGGAGUCGCGUAACCGUGGGCAACGGGCGGACGAUUCGCGCGGUGCGGGAGCACGAUGCGUCAACACGCGGCAUGUCGGAGCACGGAACGAGGCAGUUCGACAUGGAACUGAGAGGAACGACAUUGUUGAUAGUGUCAUCUGCAGGAGCGUCGAGGUCAUAGGAACGACCCGGUAUGGGGGAGGUGCCGGCGCGGGUGGGUAUGCGAAAGAGGAAUAUAGAGACACGGGAAUGUCUGGGAGUAUGGAACGUCAAGAUUCUGGGAGGUAUGCGGAAGGUAACAGCACUAGUAGGUAUGCAAGUGUGGAAAGUCAAAAUGUAGGGAUGUAUGGGGGUGAGAAAAAUAAGGAUACAGCUGGGUACGGGAGCAUGCAAAGCAGAGAUAUGGGCAGAUACGGGGGCACGCAACUUCAAGAUACAGCUGGGUACGGGGGCACGCAACUUCAAGAUACAGCUGGGUACGGGGGCACGCAACUUCAAGAUACAGCAUGGUAUGGGGGUAUUCAAAUCAAAGACGAAUACACGUAUCAGGGCAUGCAAAGCAAAGUUGCGGCGAGGUAUGGAAGCGUACAAAGCAAAGACACGUCCGGGUAUGGUGGCAGGCAAACGAAAAACAAGGAAGUCUACAGGAGCACGCACAGCACAGCCACGGCCAGGUAUGGAGACGCGCACAGGAAAGAAACGGGCAGGCAUGGGCACGUACAAAGCAAUUACAAGGAAAUGUACGGAGGCACGAAAAGUAUUGACACAGCCAGGUAUGGUGGCGCGCAAAAGAAAAACAAAGACACCUAUGGGGGCGCGCAAAUCAACGACGGAGCAGCAGCGUACGGGGCGCGUCCGUUACCGGAGCGCGAUGCCGACAUACGAAGCGAGGCGGAUGCUCCGGAUGCUGCGGGACGAGACGAGAGCAUCCUCCUCAUCGAGCCGUUCUACUGCGGCUCGCACCGGCAGCUGAUGGACCUCGUUGCCACGGAGAUACCGGGCUGCGUGCUCAAGGUCAUGACGGGAAAGAAGUGGCAGUGGCGAGCGCGCACGAGCGCCCUUCACCUCGCAGAGGUCAUCCCGCUCUCAGAGUCGUUCAGGUAG